AUGGCUCCUACUGCUCCGAAAGUUCUUGUCCCUGAGUCCAUCCUCAAGAAGCGUCGUACGCUCGAGCAGGUCAAGGCCAAGCGCACUGCCAAGGCUGUUGCCGACAAGGUGCACCGCAAGAAGGUCCGUCAGAUCGCUUUCAAGAGCGCUGAGAAGUACAUCAAAGAGUACCGUCAGCUCGAGAAACAGAGCGUUGUCCUGCGUCGUCAGGCCAAGUCCACGGGCAACUUUUACGUGCCUGCUGAGGCCAAGUUUGCUUUUGUGAUCCGUAUUCGUGGUAUCAUUGGUGUGUCCCCCAAGGUCCGCAAGAUCUUGCAGCUUCUGCGUCUGCGUCAGAUCCAGAACGGUGUCUUUAUUAAGCUUAACAAAGCCACCAUCAACAUGCUUCGUCUGGUCGAGCCCUUCGUCACGUACGGCUACCCGAACCUUAAGGUGACCCGUGAGUUAAUCUACAAGCGUGGAUUUGGCAAGGUCCGUGGCCAGCGUAUUCCUCUGACGGACAACGCUAUCAUUGAGAAGUCUCUUGGUCAUGUCGGCAUUAUUUGUAUCGAGGAUCUGAUCCAUGAGAUCUUCACGGUGGGUGAGCACUUCAAGCAGGCUGCCAACUUUCUGUGGCCCUUCCAGCUGUCGUCCCCGAACGGAGGCUACACCAAGAAGCUGCUGCACUUUGCUGAAGGCGGUGAUGCCGGCAACCGUGGUGCCGAGAUCGUCAAGUUUAUUAAGCAGUGCCUGUAA